AUGGAUUAUAGAUCUAAAUUGAUGGCUUCAGUAACAGAUGCCAGAUACAGGCAGAAAGAUACUUCAGAUCAAAAUUUUGAUUACAUGUUCAAACUCCUGAUCAUUGGCAACAGCAGCGUGGGCAAAACAUCCUUCCUCUUCAGAUAUGCUGAUGACACUUUCACACCAGCCUUUGUUAGCACAGUAGGAAUUGACUUCAAAGUGAAAACAGUUUAUAGGAAUGACAAGCGGGUGAAACUGCAGAUUUGGGAUACAGCUGGACAAGAAAGAUACAGGACCAUCACUACAGCCUACUACCGAGGAGCCAUGGGCUUCAUACUCAUGUAUGAUAUCACCAGUGAAGAUUCCUUCAAUGCAGUACAGGACUGGGCCACUCAAAUCAAGACUUACUCCUGGGACAAUGCACAAGUGAUCCUGGUUGGAAACAAAUGUGACAUGGAGGAUGAAAGAAUUGUUCCUGUGGAGAAGGGGAAACAUCUGGCAGAUCAGCUAGGUUUUGACUAUUUUGAAGCUAGUGCCAAAGAAAACAUCAAUGUAAGGCAGGUGUUUGAGCGUCUCGUGGAUAUAAUCUGUGAAAAGAUGUCGGAGAGUAUAGAAUCAGACCCUUCCAGAGGCACUUCUGGAAGGGGCAUGCGACUCACAGACAACCCACCCCCUUCGCAGCAGAACUGCUCAUGCUAG